GAAUGCAGCUCAUUCUUUAUAAAGCAAAUUUUGGAUAGGACAAACAUUUCAGUUCUAGAUAUGAAAACAAAAGGUGGACCAUAACUGUGUGUUAAAUCUGAAAAUUACAUAUAACCUCUAGAGCUUGACAGGGAACAUCUGGAGAGCAAACCCUCCGCAGAGAGGCUUAAAGUCGAGCAGCUGGACAGAGUGUGCAGUCAGAAGUUGCUCUGUGCUGAAGUGGAAGAUGAAUUCUGCGCUCGUUCUUCGUGCUUUGGCCCAACUGUUGCUGCUGGCUACUAUUAUUCAUACUCAGCCCAACUACUUCCACGGAGAGGAGUGGGUCAACGCAUGGCGUCAGGGCUUUAACUUCCAGUGCCCUCAUGGUGAGGCGCUGGUGGCCAUCAAGAGCUACUUCAGCGAGGAAGAAGGCUCGGACCGUGUAUGGAGCUUUGAAUGCCAGCCGACCCCGACAACCAUCGGAGAGCCCAGCGCGUGCUGGUGGGAUGAGCUCAACCUUGCUGGCAUGGAGUGGACCUCCACAUGCAGUGACAACGGUAUAGUGGCUGGAGUGCAGAGUCAGUACUUUCCUUCUACUCUUGACCGAGAAUGGCGGUUCUACUGCUGCCGCUACAGUAAAAGAUGCCCUUAUUCCUGCUGGAAGACCUCUGAUGUUCCAGAGUACCACAAAGAAGAGGCUGAAAUGAUCGUCCCUGCUUAUGGCUACUUCAUCCGGGGAGCUCAGACCACCUUUAGCGGGGUGGUCAGGGAUCGCCAGUGGAAGUACAUCCUGUGCAGGAUGACAGAAUUUGACUGUGAAUUUCAGAACCUAUAAGUCUGGGAUUUGUUAAGCACAAAACUCCACAAAAGUCCACAUAAUGGACUUCUCCAUAAAGUCCACCAGGGACUUUUAUGAAAUACAGAUACAUAUGUAAUACAAGCAAAAAGAAAGUUAUAACCAAGGAAUUUAUAUGGUUCAUUUUUAUGUGAUACAUUUUGAUAUUUUAUGUAAUACUGCAUGGUUUAAGAGGCUCAUCUUGAUUUACAUAAUGUAGGUAGCAUCAAUACAAACACCUAGACAUUUCUUUACCUACAGUUUGUUUCUUCUAUGUUUGAAAGAAAGUUAAAGAAUGUGUACCUUAUUUUGAAUCAGAUCAGCUACACAACACCCAAUAAAGCAUUUCUUCCCUAAGA